GCGACUUGUGGAAAAAACACGUGUGCGACAAACUGUUGCCGUCACGCGUUCUCUCUUAACUAAGAAGAAUUAUCAAUUGGUUGAAGUAGACCUUAUUUACUUUAGUAAAGCUUCUUGCAAGAUCAGCACUUCUGCUCACUUAUAAAUUGUUGCGGCCUUUGAACGGUCCUUCUUUCGGUGCUUCGAGCUGCAAACGCGUUUCCUUUCAUUCGUCUCCGUAUUUUUUUGCUUCGGCCUUUUCAAAGCAGCUUAAUUUAUUUUCGGUGGGUUUAAUAAUGACUACAGCACAGCCCAUAUUUUCCAAGGGAGAGAACUGCAAGCCGGUUUGGACGGAAGCGAAUGCUGACUACAAUGAGACCGACACUCACCUCGAGAUUAUGGGCAAACCGGUGAUGGAACGCUGGGAGACUCCGUACAUGCACGAGCUGGCCACUGUGGCCGCUUCCAAAGGUGGCCGGGUUCUUGAGAUCGGCUUUGGCAUGGCCAUCGCCGCCACCAAAAUAGAGUCCUUCCCCAUCGAGGAACAUUGGAUCAUAGAGUGCAAUGAUGGUGUUUUCCAGAGACUCCAGCAAUGGGCGAAGGAGCAGCCACACAAGAUUGUUCCUCUGAAAGGCCUCUGGGAAGACGUCGUCCCCACGCUACCCGAUGGCCACUUUGAUGGCAUCCUGUAUGAUACCUAUCCACUAUCUGAAGAUACUUGGCACACUCACCAAUUCAGCUUCAUCAAGUCACAUGCCAACAGGCUGCUAAAACCUGGCGGCGUCCUCACGUACUGUAACCUGACAUCCUGGGGGGACCUGCUGAAGAGUAAAUACAGCAACAUCGACACCAUGUUCCAGGAGACCCAGGUGCCUCACCUGAUCGAGGCAGGCUUCAAGCGAGAGAAGAUCAGCACCACACUCCUGGAUAUCGUCCCUCCAGCUGAGUGCAAGUACUAUGACUUCCACAAGAUGAUCACUCCGACGGUCCUCAAAGACUGAGGUGGCAGCUGCCACCAUCCUCGGCCAAGUCACCUGCUCCCCAUAUUCCCUUUUUACCACAGUCUUUAAUGAAAAGAUUUCUUUAUGAACACUAAUAUAUGGAGCCAUAGCAAGAGAAAAACAGUCUCCUUUGGCAUUAAAGUACAAAAUCCUGGUGUUAAAAUAAUGUUUUAAUCACUGACUGUAUAUUAAUUAAAACUGUAUAAUUUGUUACAUUCUCUCACCCAAUAAAUUAUGUGCAAAGCGG